UAGAUCCCAAAAAUAACCUGUGAUUUUAGAUCAGUUUUAUUCAAACCAUUCGAAUUUGUAUUUAGAUUAUUAAUGAAUUGCGUCUGAACCUUCGACGUACCUUGAAGGCAUUGUCUUAACAAUUCUUACCCAAAUUUUAUCGGUGCAGUCGGGUCUGGACUCACUGAAAGAGAAAGGAUCCACAAUAAGCUUUCCCUCUGAUGCCGGAAUCUUACUAGUUUUUACGGUUGACCACAUUUUUGCGGUGCCCCGAUUUCCGGCGGGGAAACGUCGGGAAACUGCGAGAUCGGGGCAAUCCCUUUCGUACUCGGGGAAGAAGACGAUGAGGAGGCGGCCCGGUAUCUCCGGCCUGCAAACUGCCGCCGCUGCCAGGGACCAAUAUCGAUUGCUCGGUGAGAAUGUCGCCAAAGUCAGGACGGAUCUUAUGAAGGAACAGCUUGCUACCUUCCGGUCGCAGUUGGAGGAGUUUGCCCGCAAGCACAAGAAUGACAUCCGUAAGAAUCCCGCAUUCAGGUCACAGUUUCAUGAAAUGUGUGCAAAAGUUGGUGUGGAUCCAUUGGCAUCAAACAAAGGGUUUUGGGCUGAGCUCUUAGGGAUUGGUGACUUUUACUAUGAACUUGGUGUACAAAUUGUUGACAUAUGCUUGGCUACCAGGCCUACCAAUGGUGGGUUGAUCGAUUUGCUGGAGCUCUGUAGCCUUCUUAACCAAAGACGAAGGGCUGCACGUGAUACGGUAUCUGAGGAUGACUGUCUGCGAGCUAUAAGUAAACUUAAGGGUCUUGGCAGUGGCUUUGAGGUUCUUUCUGUUGGGAAAAAAAGGCUAGUUCGGUCAGUUCCAACUGAGUUGAACAAAGACCAUAAUGAACUUCUGGAGAUUGCGCAGACUCAAGGGUAUGUGACCGUAGAGGAGGUAGUGAAUAAUUUGGGGUGGCCACAUGGACGUGUAAUUGACGCCCUUGAAACUCUACUAAAGGAAGGUCUGGCUAUGAUUGAUUCUGGUCAUCGGGAUAGAAAGCGGCGCUAUUGGUUCCCUUGUGUAGCUUCCAUUUCUUCUUCGGCAACUGGUGGUGAUGGUGUGAAAAUUUGAUAUAUGGGCAGCAAAUUGAUCAUAGACUUGUUUCUGUAUUCCACAACUUGUUUCAAGUUUUGCUGCUCUGAUGGGCUCUUUUGAUGCGACUAAGACAAGGAAAGAAACACAGAAGUGUAGCAGAAAUUUCAAAAGUACAGAUCUUGAAUUGAAACUUGAAAUCAUGGUCAAAUGAUGUAGGCCACCGAGCUCUUACAUGAUAAAUUAAUGCAUCAAGAGGGAAUGCUUUCUC